AUGGGGUUUAAUGUGGGUGAUGAGAUUUUUAAGGAUAUGAAUUUGCCCAAGUUGUUGGUCGAUGCGAACCCUUUCAAUUUAUCGAUUUCGGUUUGUGGCGAAAUGAUAACAGUGUUUCAAUAUGACAAUAGGCUGAAGAGUAAAAGAUGUUCUGUGUGGAUUAUGAAGGAGUAUGGUGUGGUGGAGACGAAUGGUGAGCUGUUGAUGGCUCUAAGUGAUGGAACACUGGUUUUGUAUAAUCCCAAGAGCAAGGGUGUGAAAAAAAUAGGGAUUUGUGGUGGUAGAGACUCCUAUAAUGUGGGGAAUUAUGUGGAGAGCCUUGUAUUUCUGGAUAGAGGAGCGCAGAUAGAUUCUUAUGAUGAGGCUAUGUUUGAGGAAGAACCUAAUAUCAGUGGAGAAGAUGCAGCCAUGGCUUGA